CGCACUCCGCGUUAGCUCUCACUGCAGCGACACCGCGCGCCGCGAAACCUUUGCUCAAAAGGCACCGCUACGCCCUCAAAACGCGACUGCACCUGCUUUGGAGAGGGAUUUCUAGUGUGUUACAGGCCGCUAGCUCACGCCGCAGUCGAAAACAGUGUUAAGUACGUUGCAUUGGCGCCGCAGCAAUGCUCCUCAAGCGCCUCUGGCCAGGCAUGAUGGCCGCGGCACCGCUACAGCCGCUCACUCACACCACCUCGCUCUGCAUCGUGCCACCCGACGACUCACCGGAGUGGCGCGCUGUGCAAGCGACGCGUCUCGAGAUGCGCGACGCCGGCAUUUAUCGCUGGCCGCCGCACUGCAACCUGAUCUAUCCAUUUGCGGCGAAACCGCGGCUGGCUGCUCGUGACGUGCGCCGCGCGUGUGCUGCGAUAGAGCCGUUCCGCCUGCGGCUGACGGCUUACGGCACCUUCGGCGGCGCGAAACGCGGCGUACUAUGGCUGCGGCCCGACGUCGUCGGCGGCGACACCGAUGCGCUCGCCACGCUGCAGUCUACGUUGUGUGAAACUUUGGGCUACGAGACGCCGGCGGCGCGGAAGCGGUCGCUGCCGUUCGUGCCACACUUUACCUUGGCGCACUUUGACUCGCUCGCCGCCGCAGCGGCCGCGGGCGACGCGCUGACGUUUGAGCCCGUGGAGUUCGACGUCGAUGCGGUGCACCUGCUGGAGCGAGAAGGGCACCAGGGCCAGUUCGAGAUCGUGGAAAAGGUGCCCCUGGGC